CAAAGAGCCCAAAGAUAAGGAGAGAAAGAGAGAGUGACACUUCACCACACCACCUCCUCUCUUUCUUCUUCUUCUUCUUCUUCUUCUUUCUCUGCUUCUUUAACACAAAAACAACAUUGAGAAUCAAUCAAAAUGGGAUCAAUGCCAAACCCUAAUCCAUGGUCACCAUACGAUUCUUCCUACAACGAUUGCUCUCAAGGAAUCUGCAACAUCUACUGUCCUCAAUGGUGUUACCUAAUCUUCCCUCCACCUCCUCCUUCUUUCUUCCUCGACGACUCCUCCUCCUCCUCCUCCUCCAGUUUCUCUCCUCUCCUCAUCGCUCUCAUCGGAAUCUUAACCAGCGCCUUCAUCCUCGUCAGCUACUACACUCUCAUCUCAAAAUACUGUCAUCGCCACCACCAAACCUCCUCUUCAGAGACUCUUAACCAUAACAGUGACGGUUUCUUCUCCUCCACGCAAAGAAUCUCUGCGACUGGAGAUGGACUCAACGACUCUAUGAUUAAAUCAAUCACAGUUUAUAAAUACAAGAAAGGAGAUGGAUUCGUCGAUGGUUCUGAUUGCUCUGUUUGUUUGAGUGAAUUUGAAGAAAACGAGAGUUUGAGAAUGUUGCCAAAAUGUAAUCACGCGUUUCAUCUUCCUUGUAUUGAUACUUGGUUAAAAUCUCACUCUAAUUGUCCACUUUGCCGCGCUUUUGUCACCGGAGUUAAUAAUCCCACCGCUGUCGGCGAGGCUGGUUCAGUUGUUGUAGCUAACCAAUCGAGUUCUGUUCAUCAAACCGGUUCGGUAUCUGAAAUCAAUUUGAAUUUGGCCGGUUACCAACACCAAACCGGUAAUUCAGUCGUUGUAAUUGAAGAUCUGGAGAUUGGAUCUCGGAAUAGUGAUGGAAGAUCGGAAUUACAACCACCGGAGGAGCGGCGGGACACUAAGGAUGAAGAUUCUCUGCCGAUUCGAAGAUCUGUAUCGUUGAACUCAAGUGUAGUGGUUUCGAUUGCUGAUGUAUUGCGAGAGAUCGAAGACGAAGAAGAAGAAGAAUCCGGCGGUGCUGGAACUUCGCAGCGGCGAGAGGAAGAGGAAGAUGGCGAUGGGAAGACGCUUCCACCGACGGAGGCGAAUCAGAGAAGCGGCGGAGUAUCGAAUUUUCUGGUACGGAGUUUAUCGACGGGAAGAUUUAUUUUCUCGAGGUAUGAUCGAGGGCGAAAUUACCGUUUACCCAAUUAGAUAAUUACGUUAAUUUGUUUUAAUUAAUGUAUGUUACUAACUUACUAUGAAACAAAAUUUCACAUUAACUGUUUUUUUUUACUGUAUUUACUGAUAAAUUAAACAGUUCACU